UGUAUUCUUUUCGAAUCAUGCGCAAAUCAUGUCCAUCAGAAAAUCGGUUCGAACAGUUUUGUUAAGAAUCUCUUUCGUAUUUAUAUCAUAAGUGCAGUCAAUUAACCUUCUAAACGGAUUCAAAACCGUUUUUGUAUUUAAUUGAGUAAAUUUUAUGUUUUUGGAUUGUUUUAGAAAAUGGAUGACGAUUCUGAACAAGCCCUGUUAAUGGGAAAUCAACACAAUUCAAAUACCAUGAGAUAUACAGAUGGACCUGGUAACGUGCCACUUUUGAGUCCAACUUCAGGUGCAACGAUAACGUCUUAUGGAAAUACGGAUGCUCCAGAAGGGGAUAAUUGCCGUCGAAAUGACAAUCUGGGAAUGCUCAAUUCUUCAAGAAAUGCAUCCCAUCAAAAUCAAAACAACGAUCUUCUCAACGACAUUAUGUCAAAAUCAGGUGCAACACUAAGGCAACAAUUCCAUGCAGAUGCUUUAAAGCAGAUCGGCUUCGGACGUUACCAAAUCCUCUUAAUUGUCACCACUGGAAUUGCUCUAGCAACACAAGUUGCCCAACUAUUUUCCCUUUACUUUAUAAUCCCAUCUAUAGAUUUGGAAUUUUGCAUGACACCAUUGCAAAAGAAGACUCUUAUUGUUUCGAAUCUCAUUGGAGCAUGUUUUGGGGCGACAUUUACAAGUGGAUUUGCUGAGCUCUUCGGUCGCAAGAGAACACUCUUGGCUUGUUUUAUCUGCAUGAUAAUAUUUUCGGUAGUUGCCGCAUUCAUGCCUGUUUUCAAGGCUUUCGGGGUAGCGAGAAUGAUUGCUUCAGCUUUUGGAGCCGGGACUUUCCCAAUUGUAGCCACAUAUGUGUGUGAAACAACUCCGGCCCAUCUGCGGGGACGAGCUCUUGGAAUGGUGACUUCUAUUGGAGGGAUUGGAGCUAUGUUAACAGCUGUGGUGUCUUGGUGUAUACUGCCAGAGUCUGGAAUGCAACUUAUGCAGGAAUUGGAAGAGCAUUUCAGUGGAUGGCAUACUUACUGUUUGUUAAUGGCUUUGCCGGCGAUUGUUGUUACUCUUGGAUUGCUUAUUCUAAAUGAAUCACCACGCUGGCUUUUGAGCAGGGGGAAAGAAGCCGAGGCAUUGCGGAUCUAUCAGAAGAUGUACCGUUUGAAUAACUCAAAUGGCACAUACAGUUUCGUGGAAAUGUCGAUGCCAAGGAUGAAGUAUAGAAAAAAGGACAACAAUUCUGAAAAUAAAACAGGCUUGUCAUAUUUAAUGGCGGAGUACUUCUCCUGUCUUAGUUCACCUGUUUGGAGGACCAACGCAAUAAUUGCUGUCAUUUGGAUUAUCGCAAUGUUUGUUGGAUAUGGCCUGCCAGUUUAUGCUUUUAAUAAUGGACGUUACAUUGAAUCCCAUCUAUUCACCGAAAGAACAAAUUAUACCGUCGCCAAAACCUUCGAAAAUGUUGAAUUUUCAGAAAACAUAGUUAAUAGAAUUUUCGGAAGUUGUAACUUUGUCAAUUGUACAUUCAAUCAAAAACUAUUGAGUUAUGUACAAUUUGAAAAUUGUACUUUUCUCAAUAGUAAUUUUCUUGGAGUCACUGCCGCUUAUACAUCAUUUUGGUAUUCUAUUUUCAACAAUGUCAAGUUCAUCGAUACAAAUCUUAAAACGAAGAAUUUUAUCGGUUGUGAAAAGACAAACACCGAAUUUGACCAAAUAAACACCGAUUGUGAUGAACCUUUUGAGCUGUACACAUUUUUCUACAAAGUAAUGCACGAUGCUAAUGUUGAGGUUAUUGUUCCAUCGAUUAUUGUCCUGUUUUGGGGUGGAGAGAUCCUUAAUCGUAUUGGAAGGAUCCGAUUUGCAACCUGUUGUAUAGUGAUUGCCUCGGUAAUUUGCUGCUUGAUUGAGUUCGUGUCUGAUGGUGAAUACAUCUAUUGGACUGUUGGUUUUGUGCAAGGAUCGAUAUUCUGUGGUCUUCAAGCUCUGACUCUUUAUUCGAUUGAGUUCAAUAACACAAUUGGAAGAUGUUUGAUAUGUGGAAUUCAAGUAAGCUUUGGUUUUUGGGGUGCUUUUAUGGGAGCUGAUGUCUUCGAUGAAGUUCUACCAGAAGGCAAUCCUCGGGUUGUUGCAUUAACAUCAGUACUAUGUCUGUUUACUUUGUGUUUCUUGAGUACAUUUCUUAAAGAAACUAAAAAGUUCUUGUAAACUUGAUCAAACUUAAAAGAAAACACCAUAUUUAUUCACUUCUCUAAAAGUGAAUUUAUAAUUUUGGAUUUGAAAAGUAAAAGGAAUCUAAACUUUUAUAUACAUAUAAUAUCAUCAUAUAAAUUUUUGUGCUACAUUCUAUACAUAUCGUGACAUAAAUAAACGUUUAUAUCAACUGUAAGAGAUGAUAAAUAAAUAAUUAUAGUAAAAUGUU